UCAAGGGAGAAUGUUCAAGAUCACAAAUCUGGCUUUGCGAUUCCUGGAGUUGAUAGCACCCCAGUCAGUAAGACUGAUGAAACUGACGAGGCUUGGAGCACCAUAAGUCUACGCUUACCAGAAGCCAUUCGUCGACUUUUAGUAAGCGCAAAACGUCUGGCUGCCAGCUGUUAUCCAACACCUUCAUCCCAAUCACCUUAUUCGCUCAUAUCAGAAGACGCAACUGGUGUGAGUAACCAAACUGUGAAUUCACCUUGGCAGAAGCCUGAAAGUCAACAGUGUUCGCUAAUGCCUGACCCUAAACUCAGGCAGUCUAUCGUCCAGGAGGUCCAAAGCGAAUCAGAUAAGAAAGCAGAUAUCAUUGAAAAAACUACUUCGAUAGAGAAUAGUGCCUACAAAGAUGACUCCGAGAUUUUGGCUUCUGCUGGGCCAGUAUUAAUGGCAGAGACUAGUCCCGGAUCGGCAAGUUUAUCUAGGGUCCGUACUGAAUUCCAUUCUCAGCUGAAAUUGGACAGCUUCGGCCUCCCAGGCUACAGUCUAUUCAAUGUACGAGCUGUCAUGGGUCCGGUUUCCCCUCAGGCGGUGAGUUAA